AUGCCCUUCGGAUUGAAGAACGCUGGAGCAACGUAUCAGCGACUGGUCAAUCACAUGUUCCGUCCUCAGAUUGGGCGAAAUGUCGAAGUGUAUGUGGAUGAUAUGUUAGUGAAAAGUCUGGAAGAGGGUAAGCAUUUAGACGACUUGCAAGAAACCUUCAAUACACUCAGGCGAUACAGUAUGAAGUUGAACCCCAGUAAAUGUGCUUUCGGAGUGGCUUCGGGAAAAUUUCUUGGAUUCAUGGUCUCACACAGGGGGAUCGAGGCCAACCCAGAAAAGAUCAAGGCAAUCCUAGAAAUGAAGCCUCCGCAGAAUACUAAAGAAGUACAAUCUCUCACCGGGCGAGUUGCCGCCCUCAACAGGUUUGUCUCUAAAGCUACUGACAAGUGUUUGCCAUUUUUCAAGGUUCUAAAGAAAGCCUUCGAAUGGACGGACGAGUGCCAAAGAGCCUUCCAAGAUUUGAAGACGUAUCUUGUCAUGCCCCCGCUGCUAAGUCCGUUCGUGGUAGGAGAGGAGCUGUUUUUGUACCUGGCAGUGACCCCGCAUGCUGUGAGCUCAGCGCUGAUAAGAGAGGAAGCAAAAGUGCAAAAGCCAGUGUAUUACACCAGUAGGGCCUUGAGGGGGGCGGAAGCACGAUAUCCGCCAAUAGAAAAGCUGGCCUUCGCGCUCAUCACAGCUUCCAGGAAGUUAAGACACUACUUCCAAGCCCAUGUAAUCAAUGUUAUGACAGAUCACCCACUUAAGAAAGCUAUGAACAAGUUGGAAGCCGCAGGACGUCUGAUCCAAUGGGCAGUCGAACUUAGCGAGUUUGAUAUCCGAUACCAACCAAGACAUGCUAUUAAGGCUCAGGCCCUGGCAGACUUUAUUGCGGAGUUCACCCCAAGAUGCAACGAUGAAGUGCAGGAGGAUAAAAAUUGGGUGGUCCAUGUAGAUGGCUCGUCCACACAGCGUGCGGGAGGAAUAGGGGUGGUUUUGCAAUCCCCUGAAGGAGACAAGUUGAAGCAUAGAGUCCGUCUACAAUAUCGACCAACUAAUAAUGAAGUGGAGUAUGAAGCUCUGCUUAAAGGGCUAGAAUUGGCUAAGUCUGUAGAAGCGGAGUCGGUUCUCGUCCUGGGAGACUCUUCGCUGGUAAUGGGCCAAAUAAAUGGGACAUAUGAGGCGAAAGAAGAACGAAUGAAAAAGUACUUGGAGAGGGUAUUACAACUUGUGGAAAAAUUCAAGAAAGCUAACUUCAUUCAAAUCCCGAGGGAAGAGAAUGCAGAAGCAGACACCUUAGCGAAGGAAGCCUCAGUAACUGGAACAACCGAAGAGUAUGAUGAAAUUCAGUACGUCCCGAGUGUAGAUCUCCCGGAAGUACAGCAAAUAGGGAAUGAAGAAAAUUGGAUGACCCCAAUCGUCUCGUAUCUGAGGGACGGGCGACUUCCGGAAGCAAGGGACGAAGCUAAAAAACUCAGGAUAAAAGCAGCAAGGUACGUCCUUCUGGACGAAGUUCUCUAUAGGAGGGGCUUUUCUCAACCUUAUCUUAGGUGUCUGACCCCAGAAGAGGCGAACUAUGUGCUGAGGGAAGUUCAUGAAGGAGCCUGUGGAAACCAUUCAGGAGCAAGGUCGCUUAUCCAAAAAGUCGUCCGUGCGGGGUACUAUUGGCCAACUGUUCAAGUGGAUGCAAAAGCUUAUGUCAAGGCAUGCGACAAGUGCCAACGAUUCAGUAGUGUCCCCAGACAACCAUCAGAGUACCUCACCCCAAUGAUGGCCCCGUGGCCCUUUGCUCAAUGGGGCCUGGACAUCCUGGGUCCAUUUCCACUUGGAACUAGACAGAUGAAAUUCCUGGUGGUAGGGAUUGAAUAUUUCACUAAGUGGGUGGAGGCAGAACCAUUGGCACACAUUACACAGCAGAAUGUAAAAAACUUCGUCUGGAAGAAUAUAGUGUGCAGGACGACAGUGAGGACCCCUACAGGGGAGACCCCUUUUAAACUAGCCUAUGGAAGUGAAGCAGUUAUACCUGCGGAAGUGCACAUGGCUAAUCAUAGGGUGAUGUCAUAUGAGGAGAAGGAUAACGAGGAGCAACUCCGCUUGAACCUCGAUCUUAUAGAUGAAGUAAGGACAGAAGCAGAGCACAGGGCAGCGAAGUACAAGAACCUCAUGGCUAGGCAAUAUGAUGCAAGGGUGAAACCAAGACGUUUCAACAUAGGAGAUCUAGUCCUGAGGAAGGUCUCUUUAGCAACCAAGAACUCAGCUCAUGGGAAAUUGGGCCCCAAUUGGGAAGGACCCUAUAGAGUCAUCAACUUCAAAAGACAAGGAUCCUAUUACCUGGAGGCCCUGGACGGGAGAAAGCUUGAACAUCCUUGGAACGUGGAGCACCUGAGGAGGUACUACCAGUAG